CUAUUCGCAAUGGACGUGAAAGCCGAAGCACUCUUCCCACCACAACGAGGUGGGAUAGAGAUCCCCCUGACCCAAGUCUGGCAAUCGCUAUCUUCUGAUUUGGCAAAAUCAUUUGAAGUUGGCUACACGGAGCUCAGGACCAAAGACCGCAUGUACUGCUAUGAUCAAUCCCGGUCGAUCUUCACUCCGAGCACGUGCAUCUCGGACGGACAAGUUGCUUGCCCGAAGAGUUGUAGAACGACACGCGUAAUCUGUACGUCACGUUCUCAUACUGGCGAUUGUAUAGCGAAUGAUGCAUUACAACGACUUAUUGGUACUCCCACCUCAGAACAAUGGCAGAGAUGUUUUAAAUGCAAACGAUUUCUGGAAUUACUCCGGGACUGUAACGACAUGACAUUGCUAACGCUACUUUUGUUUUACAGAUGUCCUUGUGGCGCACAAUUUUGCUACAUCUGUGGUUAUAAGUGGCACGCAUGCCCUUGCCCGCAACGGGACAAGCACCGACUAUACGAUAUAGCACCCUAA